UGCCCACCUUUCAGAUUCUCCCCUACACGGACGACUCGUCAAUGUCCCGCUGCACCGCCCAGUCGCUGGUGGAGAUGAAGAAGUUCGACCCGAAGGACAUGGCAAAACGCUUCACCCUCGAGUACAACAAGGAGCCUAAUCGAGGUUACGGCGGUCACGUGGUGAACGUCUUUGCGGGGCUGAUGCUCGCCAACUACGAGCACCCGUACGAACCGGCGAAUCGGCAGUUUGGAGGGCUGGGCUCCUACGGAAACGGCGGAGCGAUGCGCACCGGCCCCGUCGCCCUCUACGGCUACAACAUGAAGGAGACGGAGCUGGUGGAGCUUACGCGGGACUGCGCCCGCAUCACGCACGCCAACUGGCUCGGCUACAACGGCGCCAUCCUCCAGUGCCUGGCCGUCCACCAGGCGCUGCACAUUGCCACCCACUNCACCGGCCCCGUCGCCCUCUACGGCUACAACAUGAAGGAGACGGAGCUGGUGGAGCUUACGCGGGACUGCGCCCGCAUCACGCACGCCAACUGGCUCGGCUACAACGGCGCCAUCCUCCAGUGCCUGGCCGUCCACCAGGCGCUGCACAUUGCCACCCACUGCCACAGCAGCCCGAAUAGCAGUAAAAACAACUCGAGACCGCCGAGCAGCAAUUCAAACUCUUCAGGUGGACAGCAACUGCACCCCAACUCACGACCUCGGGGCAGCCUGAGCGCCGCCCCGCUCGACUACGUCGCCUUCCUCAACGGCCUCAUCGAGAAGAUGGCCCGCAUCGAGGCGGCCUCGGAGAAGCCGGCGGAGCUGGCCGGAGACCCUGCCGCCGCCACGCCCUUCACCGACCGCCUCCGCAAGGUGAAGGAGAUUCUGGUAAAUGAGGUGGCGAGGGGCGUGGUCUACCCGGUGGAGAAGAUUGUGGCGGCGCUGGGGAACGACGUCUCGGCGCUGAAGUCAGUGCCCACGGCCAUCUACGCGGCCUUGAGGGGCACUCAGCCGCUGCUUCCCAUGAUGAUGACGCCCACGGCUGAACACCAAAGCGGAGGAGGCGGAGGGGGAUCCUUUGAGAGCAGCUCGCCCUUUCUUCGGACCCUGUACACGGCCAUUUCGCUGGGCGGCGACACGGACACGAUCGCCUCGAUGGCCUGCUCCAUCAGCGGCGCCCUGUACGGCCUGGAGGCCAUUCCGCGCAUUCUGGUGCGACACUGCGAGGGCAAUGAGCUGAUGACGACGCUCGCCGAUGACCUGUAUCGCAUCGUCCGGGCCAGUCUCGUAGUGCAGAGUUCGGCCGCCUGA